GUGGAGCACGAGUACAUCCGAUACUUGGUGAACCACCCGGAUUUUGGCGACAAGUUCGCCUACCAAAGUGGCAGCCCGAUUGGGCCUCAUUGGCAGCUGGACCUGGACAUGUUCAAUUGUUCAGGUUUCGAGCCGCGAUGACCGGGGUCCUCUCUCACCCCCAGUGGCGUCGGAUCUUGACGAUGGAUGAGGAGAUCUACCACAAGCUGUGUGUGGAGUUCUACUCCACCUUCUCCCACAUCGUCCCGGCCAACAAUAAGAGUCAACCGAGGGCGGAGUUCAUGUUGGGAGGUAAGGCACAAGUGCUGACCUACGACGCCUUUGCUCAAGCGACGGGGCUCGACCCCACCCACAUGACGAUGACGGAGCGGCAGUACUCAUUCCACUUCGACUAUCAGCAAGCAUUCCGAGCUCUCUGCCGCCCCGAGCAUGAGCACGACUAGUUUAAGGGGAUUCGCACCAACGCGGUGAAGCUGAAGACCCAGUGGAGGAUCCUCCACACUUUGCUCAUCCACUCAGUCAUCCCCACCAGCCAGUCUGGUCAUCUGAUGACGAACAGAGGGCUCGUUUCCCUCUACUCCAUGAGGAGCCCAGCAAAGCCGAUCCAUCUGGGAUCCCUGAUCGCCACUAGUGGCGGAUCCAACUCAUAACAAGGUGGGUCCUGAGACCCACCUUGGCUCAAGAUUAUAGUGUUUGUUAAAUCUUAUUGUAUAGGUGGUUCGAUCGAGAAAACCUUCUGUUGGAUUUUAAAUCGUAGACGGUUUUUUUACUAGUAUGAAACGGUUGAAUCACGAUUAAACCAUGGUUUCAACAUAAAUAUCAUACUAUUGAAUUUUUUUAGUACAACCUGCUACGGAUUUACAUUCCUUGCUAAAUUAUUACACAAAUAACAAUAUCUGUACACAAUUAAUAACUUUGGAACCUAUUACCUCAUGUUUACUGGCUUUAGUUAUCUACAAAUAAAUUGUAGAAAACUUU